AUCGAGUACCCCGACAUGCGGCUGCCCAACCUGCUGGGCCACGAGACGGUGCAGGAGGUGCUGGAGCAGGCGGGCGCCUGGAUCCCGCUGGUGCAGAAGCAGUGCCACCCGGACACGCGCAAGUUCCUCUGCUCCCUCUUCGCGCCCGUCUGCAUCGUCGACUUGGACGAAACCAUUGAGCCCUGCCAUUCGCUUUGCGAGCAGGUGAAGAACAGCUGCGCCCCGGUGAUGUCCGCCUUCGGCUUCCCUUGGCCCGACAUGCUGGAUUGCAGCCGCUUUCCCCAGGACAACGACCUGUGCAUCCCCCUGGCUAGCAGCGACCACGUCCUCCCGACCCCUAGAGAAGUGCCAAAAGUUUGUGACGCCUGCAAAAACAAGAAUGAAGAUGACAACGAAAUUGUAGAAAACCUUUGCAAAAAUGACUUUGCUCUAAAGAUAAAAGUGAAGGAGAUCGCCUACAUCAAUGGAGACACCAAGAUCACUCCGGAGACAAAGAGCAAAACCAUCUACAAGCUGAAUGGGGUGACGGAGAGGGACCUGAAGAAGACGGUGCUUUGGCUCAAAGGCGGCCUCCAGUGUACCUGUGACGAGAUGAACGAUAUCAAUGCACCAUAUUUAGUCAUGGGACAGAGGCUGGCUGGGGAGUUAGUGAUCACCUCCGUCAAGCGAUGGCAGAAAGGCCAGCGAGCCUUUAAGAGGUUUUCACGUAGCAUCCGCAAGCUGCAGUGCUAAUUUGUUGGCGUCUCUGGUCGCCUUUAGUCGCCAUGCCUUAAAGUUCUUUUACAUCUUCUUUCCGCAGCCAUAAAUGCCCUGCAGCAUGAAGGAGCCACUUCUUUUAAGAAGAAAAGAGACUCCCCUCCUUCUAAUUGUGUACAUUUAAUAAACUAUAGUUGCCCCAAACAUAAUUUUUCUUCUGUAUAAUUAUUUCCAAACUGUGUCAUUUAGAGUUGUUGCAAAAUGUAAUUUGAUCCUCUUUUAAUUAUUCACACUCAUUUCUAAUCAUACAUUCUGUCUGGCUAACCUUUCUGCAUUGGUUAUGUGUCCAUUUGGGAACUGGAAUCAACUUGUUAAGUUUGGUUUUGUUCAAGUAAAAACAAAUGUGGGAAUCACAAUGUGGCAGAUAACAAUGUCCAAGUUUUUACUAAGUGGGGAUUAUUUUGCUACCUGGCCUUUAAAAGACAAACUUUAUUGUAUACAGUUUACUCUUACAGAAAUUAUGACUCAAAGACAGGCAAAAACAGCUCAAGAAUACCUUGAGAAUUUCUUUCCUCAAAUCCUCUGCAGAAUUAUAUGUGUUUAAGGCCUCUAAAGCCCAUGAGCUUGGUGUGCAUUAGGUUGAAAUCUCAUGCACACUUCUUGUGGAGAAGUGGCUGCACUUUAUGGGACUGGCGUCUGUCAACAUACAUAGUUGCAUUGGAAGCUUGCUAUAGACUAUAGCUCUUACAAUGACUUGUUUUAACUUUGAAUAUUAGGCCUAAUUUUAUCUAAUCGGGAAUGUGCUAUCUAGUUUUAUUCAUUAUAGAGAAAUUAUCCAUGCGCAUGUGCUACUUGUGCAAGAACUACAUCCAUAAAUACAUAUUACUCAUUUGCACAUAAUAUUUUAUAGAAAGCUUAGUACUAAUUGUUUUAAAUUAGUAGAUCUGUGGUGGGGCAGUGAUUAGAAUGCAGUAUUGCAGCUAAUUCUGCCGACUGCCAGCAGUUCGAUUCUCACCAGCUCAAGGUUGACUC